GUAAGAUAAGGAGAGAGAAAAGAGGAAAGAAAAUAUUCUCCGGUGGAGCUUAGGUUUCAUGGCAUAUGGUAUUUUCUGCUAAGAUUCAAGAAACCAUGCAAGAAAAAGAAAAUCUCUGCUCCCACUUCACUACUGAUGUAAACUUUUUCAAUUAAUCUUCUCAUCUUUCUUUUCAGCAAAAAUCCACCAGGAUUUCUUCAGCCCUUUACCUAUUUUCAGCAAUUCCUUUUGUUUUUUUCUACCUUGUAAUUGGUUACUGCAACACACACACCCCAACUGCCAUCAGCUCUUUUGAACUUCAUCCCAAUAUCUUCUCUCCUUAAUUUCUCCACACAGAAGAUGAUGUCUGAUGAUGGGCUUUCUUCAGUUCCUCCAUCCAUUAGAGGAGGAGGAGGAGGAGGAGGAGGGUUCAUUCAAGAUCCAAACCUUGCCAACCCUUCUAAUAAUAUUAAUCCAAACCCUAAUUCAAAUCCAUCCAAGAGGAAAAGAAGUCUUCCAGGAACACCAGAUCCAGAUGCUGAAGUGAUAGCACUGUCCCCAAAGUCCCUGAUGGCAACAAACAGAUUCAUCUGUGAAAUCUGCAACAAGGGUUUUCAGAGGGACCAGAAUUUGCAGCUUCACAGGAGAGGCCACAAUCUUCCAUGGAAGCUCAAGCAAAGAACCAACAAAGAAGUGAAGAAGAAGGUUUACAUUUGCCCUGAGAAAACAUGCGUCCACCAUGACCCUUCAAGGGCACUUGGGGAUUUGACAGGAAUCAAGAAGCACUUCAGCAGAAAACAUGGUGAAAAGAAAUGGAAGUGUGAGAAAUGUUCAAAGAAGUAUGCCGUCCAGUCUGAUUGGAAAGCCCACAGCAAGAUUUGUGGAACUAGAGAGUAUAAAUGCGACUGUGGAACUCUCUUCUCCAGAAAGGAUAGCUUCAUCACACAUAGAGCCUUCUGUGAUGCACUAGCAGAAGAAAGUGCGAGGUUUACUCCAGUCCCGUCUGCAAAUUUGAGCUUCAGAAAUGAAUUGAUGAAUGGUGGGCUGAACAGCCUUCAAAAUCCUGGAAGUUCCCAGUUUUCAGGAAUCUUCAGGCCAGAACUUGGAGGAGGAUUAGAAUCAGGAAACCAUCAUCAGCUCAACCUGGAUUUGCAAAAGCCCAGGCUUCCACUGUGGCUAGACAAUGCAAAUUCUCAUCAUCAUCCUCAUCUUAACAACAUUGGAAAUCCAGGUUCUUCCAACGCUAAUUUCCAGCUAGCCUCAUCAAGUUCGUCCAGCUUGCCUGAAUUGGUUCAAAUGGCUACACAGAAUCAAUGGUUCAGUAGAGGACAACAAGAGGCAACCUUUGCUGGUGGGAACAUUAAUGCUAAUAAUUCAACAUCAUCAUCUGCAAUUCCGAGAGUGCUGAAAGAGGAACAAGAAAACAAAGGAAACCUAUCCGAAGCAAUAAGUUCACUUUACUACAGCAACAACCAUGAUACAAGCAAUCCACCAUCAGCUCCCAUGUCCGCUACUGCACUGCUGCAAAAAGCAGCUCAAAUGGGCUCAACCAGGAGCAGCAACUCUCCAAUUUUCGGCACUGGUUUCGGGCUCAUGAGCUCGUCUUUCUCAAAUCUUGGAAAUUUCAGUUCUUUGAACCAAACCCGGAAUGUUGAAGUCAACCAGAAUCUUGAUAAAGCUGAUCAUCAAAACCUGAAUGGGCUACAAGCUGACCCUGGAUUGUUGCUAGGAGACAUUGAUUCGAGCCCACUAACCCCAAUCCCAAACAGCGGGAAACAAAGCCAAUCGAGCGGGAUUGAAGCUGAAAGCAGCCUCACCAGGGAUUUUCUUGGAGUGGGAGGGAAUCAUGAAAACAGGCAGUUCUUGCAAGAAAACGAGCUGGCGAAGUUUGCUUCAAUUGGGUCAGCGAUGGACAUGAGCAGCCAUUACAGGAGAAAUUAAUCACUGAGGUGAAAAAAAUGAGUUACAGUUGAAUUGAAACAAACAAAUUAAGGUAAAAGGGUUGUGCAAGAGCGGGGAUGAUGAAAGGGGUUUGGAACAGAAGAGAUCUUGUGAACUGUCAGAGGUGGGGAUGCUGCAUGUUGGAAGAGACGUGACAGAACUGGUGAGAUGGCAAUCACAAGCGCGCAGGCAGAAAAUUCUUGUUACUGCAUGUAGAAAGUUUUUUGGUGCAUUAAUUUCUCUGUUGUUUUUGCUGCUACUGUUAGGGUUUUUGAAAAUAUGGACCACAAAGUUACUGUGUGCCUGUGAUUCGUUGGGGUCAGUGCUAUUUUAUGCAAUUUUGAGUUUUGAUCAA